AUGUCGACCGGGCCAUUUGCAGACAAACCCGAGGCACCGGAAGAGGUCAAAGUGGACGAAAUGUUUGCCGAUCAUUGUACAUUAUCCUGGAAACCACCGGAGAAGGACGGCGGUUUACCGAUCACCAGUUAUAUUGUGGAGAAAUGUGACGCGACCACCGGUAUCUGGGAGCGUGUGCCAACAGUUAUUAGUGGCAACACGUGCCCAGUACGGGAUCUAAUCGAGGGCAAGCGAUAUCGUUUCCGAGUAACGGCAGUAAAUCCACUGGGUCCCGGAGAACCGGGUGAAGUGAACGGUGCAGUCACGGCCAAAAAUCCGUUUGAGGCCCCCGACUCUCCGGAUCACUUGAAUAUCGACUCGUUUGACAAGCACUCGGUCGAUUUGUCCUGGGAUGCUCCGAAACACGACGGCGGCAAUCCUAUCAAGGGCUAUCUGAUCGAGAAACGUACACCAAAAGGCGAAUGGAAACCGGCAACUAGUGGUUUGGUAAGCGGAACCAGUGCACAUCUACCUGGACUGGAAACCGGUCAGACUUACGAGUUCCGUGUCAGUGCGGUGAACGAUGCCGGACCAGGUCGACCAUCCCGUGCCACCGCUCCGCAUGUGGCUAAGGAUCCGAGCUGUGAGUACUCCUGGGCACAAUUACAUGCAGUAAUUGAGCAGUUAGUUUAUACCCAUAUCCGGUUUAUUCUUGAGUAUAUGAUACCGAAUGAAUGGUAA